AUGAAGAGGGCUAGCAUGUCUCGUCCUGUAUGGAGCUCAGUUCAGAUGUCCUGUUCACUCUGGCUCCUCCUUCUGUGCUCUUCUAUCAGUUUUUAUCCUGCUGUGUCUGAAUUAGUGUUUUCAGUGUUACCCGAAGAUGGCGUUGGGAUUUUAAAUAGCUCUCUGAUGCUGCACUGCACAGUGUUUGACUCUGGCUUGAAGGCUCCUCUACCAGUGAAAUGGGAGAGAGACGCUGGAGGUCUGGACAGCAGGAUUCAUCAGUUGGCCAAUGGCUCACUUUUCUUUCCCUACUUAAAAGAGGAAGAUUUUGGAAACUAUUCCUGCAGUGCAAAGAGAGGCAACAAACAGAUUCAGACCACUGUCAUGGUCAGCAAAGCAUGCCUGGAGGAUGUGUUCUUUCACCCUCAGUCCAUGAGAACUGAAGAGGGCCGUGAUGUUUUCCUUCAGUGUGUCUCGGGUGAUAGUUCUCCUCCUGCUCAGAUUUCAUGGUUAAAAAAUGGCAGAGUUCUCACCAAAGGAAACCAGAUUCAGGGGCAGUAUGGAGGAGGGAGUCAAAGGAAGACUUCUGGCACUUUGCACAUGGCUAACAUCACCAACGCAGACCAAGGAGUCUACAUCUGUAUCACCCACAAUCCUCUGCUGAACAUAAGCAAAGGAAGUCAAGCAGCAACUCUGACAGUGCAUGGUUCCAAUGUAGACGUAAAGAUUAUUGAAGGCCCCCAAAAUCUUACUGUACCUGUUGAAAUGGAAGCUGCACUGCACUGCUUAGUUGAAGGCUUCCCCAUUCCCACAGUGCAGUGGUUUAAGGAUGGACAUCCAUUACCCAAUUCUUCUAGAUGGGAUCUGCAGAAGGACGGACAACUGCUGAUUUUUCAGAGAGUAUUGUCAGAGGAUGAGGGCCUGUAUUUCUGUGAAGCUCACAAUGAGAGGCAGAAAGUGAUAUCCGAGCCAGCCUACCUCCUGCCUGCAGUUAUGGAUUGGAUCUUUGUUCUUGAACCUGCCAACCUAACAGUGAGGAAAGGUGAAUCUGCGACUCUUUCCUGUAGGCCUCCUCACAGCAGACCCCAAGCACAAGUGUCCUGGUUUAAGAACAACAGACUCCUCCAGACAGGACCGUAUUAUACUUUUGAUCCUACCGGAGACCUGGUCUUCCACAGAACCUCCAUCCGUGACUAUCUGGCCGAUGAUGAACAGUCUGGUUCAAACUCUCCGGUCUCACUCCCACAACAGAUACACAUUGAUGAUAAUGGGACAUUAGUCAUCCCCAACAUCCACCGGUCUGAUGCAGGGGAAUAUCACUGCACUGCGGAAAACAGAGUCGGUCAGGAUGUGAAAAGUCUCAUCAUAACUGUAACUGCUGACUCAGAUGUCCCACCUGAUAAGGAAGCUCUGAGUAAAACGAUUAUGCCUACUGUUCCAGAGAUUGAGCAAGAGCUAUUUACUAAUUCCUUUCUUUACGGUUCAAAGCUUCUGAGUAAUACAGAGACAAAUGAAUCCCUUCAGCAAACAACUAAAGAUUACACAAAGAUGUCUUUGCUAAAUGCUUUUGUGGAGGACUCACCAACAUACUUGAAUCUUGAAUCUACCCAAGACACUAUAGAGCUAAUUUCACUUAAGCCAAGUUACAUUAGCAUAGGAAAUAAUGAAAAAAUCAAACAUCCCAUUCAAACACAAAAACCAACCCCUGUGCCUCUCAAACCUACACCAUUUUCCCCACUCAAAGAGACUUUUAUACAGGAUUCGCAUGAACAUAUGCAACCAACAGAGCAGGCCACAAAACCUCCAGUAAUGAAUCCAAACACAAACAGCCCUUCAUCAGCAGACUCAUAUUCCCAUCAAAUUCAGAGCUUUUCCCUGAAAAGUGCCCAGUCCUUUAGUGGACAAACUCAGACUACAGGCUUAGCUUUAAUGGAUGUAGAGAAUUUCACUGCCUCGGCUCCUGUGCAAAAGCAUCAAAAUCAGAGUCAAAUCAUCAAGCAGUCUGGAGGUACCAAGUCAUCGGUGAUGAAUGACACAGACCUUGUUGAGUCACUCAAGAAAAACACCUCGCAGGCCCCUAUGAGGACCACUGACAAUAAAAACAGAGAAAAGGAGAAAUCCCAAACUUGGUUGCCUGUGAUUGAGAAGCAUGACAUUCCCAUUGUGGUUGGAGUUGGUGUUUCGUUGGCAUUCAUCUUCAUUGCCAUGGCCUUUUACUCUCUGGUUCAGAAAAAUGAUCCUGCAGCUGUACCUACAGGGAGGACAGUUCCAAGGGGAAUAGGUGGGCCUUGCAGGAAUGGUGAACGUCUUGCAAUGGAAAGGACAUACGAUAACAAGGCAUUUGAAGAUGAUAAUUUGGUGGCUGUCAUUGAGCAAAGCCCCAACACAUCGGAGACAAGAGCGCUCCCAACAGAAGGCAGCCCAUCCACCUUGAUGAUGGAACCACCGUCCGAUGACUUGCAAGAGGGUGUCCAGUCCACUCAGGACAUCCCAGUUAUUGUGGAGACUCACCCAGAGCCUAGAGAAGAAGACCAGUUGGAGACUAUAUUUGAGGAGGGGAAGGUCACUCCCUCACCACAUUCUGACAUUCAGCUUCAGUGCAUGGAGGACUGGAGGAGCAGAGAGUUUGAACCAGGUCAGGACGCCCCCUCACCUCCUCCAGCCAAUCCAGCACCUGCCCAGGAGGAGGGCCUGCGCACUUCUCUUACCCUCCAGACCAGUGAUCCCUCCUCAACUCCCGUGCGCCACAGCAUCAAUAUCUCCCACAGUUUCUCUCCCCUCCUGCUGUCCCAUUGCGUGUCCCUGGGCAUGACCUCUGUGGCUGUGGAUGUGCACUUCUACCCUUCGGCCCCUUCAGCAGCCGGCCAUCCUCCAUGCCCUGCCUUUGGACCCCCAGGCCAACAGGUGAACACGAGGCUGGAGCAUGAACUGAAUGCACCCUCUGCUAGCCACAGUAAAUAACAAGAGUGUGAGACAAAUGUUGAAGUCACGAGAAAGCUCUUUUUUGAAUUGCUCACCUCAUAGGGCAAAAGGCAGUUAGGUUAAAGAUGGUGCUUAUGUUUUUUUUCUCUCUCUCUUUUUUUUUUAAAUGAUUGUCAAAUUUCCCAUGAUGAAUGGCUGCGUCUGAAUUCCCAUACUUUCACAGUAUGUACUGAAUUUGAUUGAAAUGACUUUGCAUACUACAUCCGCCAUACUGGAAUAUGUUUCUGGUGAUAUGGGAUGGCAAAUACAUUAU